UCUUACCAAUCAGUCAAGCUAUGGGGUUUUACUUUAGCAUACUGCUAGUUGUAAUGUUGAGUAUCGUUUGUUCAGUCAGUGCUGACAUAGACUGUCCAAAUUAUGACGCCCAAAGAAAUCGUAUACUCGAUAUCUAUCAUAAUCCGAUUGUGAAUGACUUAACUAAAGAAAGAAAUAUUCCGGAUCUGAUUUCCUUUUAUCGUCGCUACCCCAAUGCUGUUUCUCUGUCCGAUAGCGAUAAGCAACAAUUUGACAGAUUCAUCCAUAACUACCAAGAAUUCCGGACUGUUUUGAUAGAUGGAGUACCGCCACAGGGAGGAACAAUUGGAUCUAUAUUCGGAAAUUUCUUGGGCAGAGUCGGCUCCCGAUAUGUAUUAUCUCUGUUCAAUCAAAAGCAGGAAGGUCAAGCAAACCGGGGCACCAACUCAACUGUCUUGCCAUGAAGAAUUCAUAACAUACUGCUGUAACGCCCAGCAAACUUAAUAAAUAUAAAUAUGAUGUGUUAAAAGUA